CGCGAAGUUUCAGAAUCAAUCGUACUUCGAUUGAAAUGGCUGCGGCGGCCCCGACGGUGAGCCUGAAGCUCCUCAUAAACAAGAACGCUAAAAAGGUUGUCUUUGCUGAAGCAGAAAAACCUUUCGUUGAUUUCCUGUUCUUCCUCAUGUCGCUGCCGCUGGGAACCGUCAUAAAACUUGUGACCCAGAAAUGCAUGGUCGGUGCCCUCGGAAAUCUCUACGGCAGCAUCGCCGACCUGAGCGACACCUAUUUACAACCCGGCACCAAGAAAGACGCCUUCUUGAACCCAAAAGCGCCUAAUCUCUCGGUAGAAGUGCCGCUCCUCAUGCCGCCGCCUGCCGCCGCCGCAGCCCCGGCGGCAAAGAAGGUGUACUUUUGUAGUACGUGGCGUGCGCAACGGCUAUGGCUGCGGCCACACCCGGUCAUACUCCGAUGAUCCUAAAACUAUAUGUCCCGGCUGUAGAAAUUACAUGAACGUUGAGGCGACUAACAUUACUCCGGUCAUAGCGGCGGCGGCGGAUUCUUCCAGUAAGGGUGAGGGAGGUGGGUUUGUGAGGGGUGUGGCGACGUAUAUGGUGAUGGACGACCUCAAGGUGAUGCCGCAGUCAACCAUUUCUACCAUUACCAUCCUGAAUGAGUACAACAUUAAAAACUUUGAGGCUCUUGAGGUCAAGGUUGUUCAUCUGGAUGUCGGUGCGGUACGUCACUCUUUUGUGUUAGAGGGACUGAAGUUGUUGAAGGCCGCUUUACAAACUGAUUCUGUUCUCACAAAUGUCUUCCUUGAGAACUAGUUGAGGUCGCUAAUUGGAAAUUAUUUUUUGAGUUUAAAUUUUAACUUUAACCAAAUGUGUGCAUUUCCUAGCCAGUGUGUACGAUUUCUGGUGCUGCAAUUCACUCUAUUUUUGGGACAAUUAUUUGUGAUCUACUCAUCAUUUAAAUGUUCAGUUCUUAUUAAUUAAUACCAAG